AUGGCAAAUAAGGACAGCGUGGACCUGAAUGAACUUAUUGCAAAGUUAGUAGCAGUAAGAGGCUCGCGACCAGGCAAACUCGUUGAAAUCAAAGAGUCCGAAAUCGAAUACCUCUGCCGCACGGCGAGGGAGAUCUUCAUUUCCCAACCGAUACUGUUAGAUCUCGAGGCACCUAUUAAGAUAUGCGGCGACGUUCACGGACAGUACUACGACCUCCUCCGUCUAUUCGAAUACGGGGGCUUUCCACCCGAAUCGAACUACUUAUUUCUCGGCGACUACGUGGACCGCGGUAAACAGUCUGUGGAAUGUAUCUUCCUACUGCUAGCCUACAAGAUCAAGUACCCGGAGAACUUCUUCAUUCUGCGGGGGAAUCACGAAUGUGCAUCCAUCAAUCGCAUCUAUGGAUUCUACGACGAAUGUAAACGAAGGUAUAAUGUAAAGCUCUGGAAGACAUUCAUUGAUUGUUUCAACUGUCUGCCUAUUGCUGCUAUUAUAGAUGAUAAGAUCUUCUGUACGCAUGGAGGACUUAGCCCGGAUUUGACUUCGAUGGACCAGAUUCGGCGUAUUAUGCGGCCUACAGACAUCCCCGAUGUGGGUUUACUAUGUGACCUCCUCUGGGCCGACCCGGGCAGGAAUAUCGUAGGCUGGGGUGAGAACGAACGUGGUGUUUCGUUUACUUUCGGUCCCGAUGUGGUUCAACGGUUUACCCAGAAGCAUGAUCUAGAUCUAGUAUGCCGCGCACAUGAGUGUGUUCAGGAUGGAUAUGAGUUCUUCGCUAAGCGGCAAUUGGUGACAAUUUUCAGUGCACCUAAUUAUUGUGGCGAGUUUGAUAAUGCUGGGGCUAUGCUGAGCAUCGAUGAGGACCUUCUCUGCUCGUUUCAGAUUUUGAAGCCGGCCGAGAAACGAAAACCAAUUUUUGGAAGGCAAUCAGACAAAGAAAAAGCGCGUUAG